UUUUUUUUGUUUGUUUGUUUGUUUUACGGUACGCGGGCCUCUCACUGUUGUGGCCUCUCCCAUUGCGGAGCACAGGCUCUGGACGCACAGGCUCAGCGGCCAUGGCUCAUGGGCCCAGCUGCUCCGUGGCAUGUGGGAUCUUCUCGGACCGGGGCACGAACCCGUGGCCCCUGCAUCGGCAGGCGGACUCUCAACCACUGCGCCACCAGGGAAGCCCCAGCAGCUUGUUUUUUUUUUCUCUUGAAAUUCAGUGCAAACUGUGUGAGGGAAUUUGGGCUACUCUACUGAAUAAUGAGAUCAUACGCAGAAACAAACCAGCCCAGCUGAGACGAUGCCACCAGCUGAAUUACCUGAGUCCAGCUCAAUUUGUUCAAAAAAAAAGGUUGUUAUUUUAAGCCACAUCCCCCACCCCCCCUAAAGAAUACGUUUUAAAGUUAGGUUCCUUAGAACAUGCUUCUACAAUACCUUGCGAUUCUCUGUGCUAUUCUGACACGCAGGUGUUUCUCAUGCUGGAUUAUAAACGCUAGCAGAAUAGGGUCUCUCUUGGCCUUAUUGGUUAUUUUCUCCCAGGACUCCAUACACUGCCUGGCACAUAGCAGGUGCUCAAUAAACAUGACUGGUUGAAAGGACCAGAUCCACGGAGCGAGUCUCACCAGAUUAUAAAGUUACAUCCAGCAAUGAAUAUGUUCCAAACUGCAUUUCCUUCUCAAGCCUUGUGGCCAGUGGUGGAUAGAAGGUGAAUUAUGAUGUGUGUGGAACAUGGGACCUUGGGGAGUUCCGUAACCAAGAGGAGAAAGAAGUAACAACAGCCAGUGGAGACAAAAAGAACUGCUUCUCCCUUCUUCCCUCUCCAAGUCCUAGCGGAGAGCUGAGCCCAGCAUCCCAGACUUGUGUGACUUCAUAGGCAAGCUUUUGGAGACUAACUUCACUUCGGUACCUUAGCCUUCAGUGGCUCAAUGUUGUUGGCUUUCUGAGCAGACAGGAGGCUUUUACGUAGCAAAGCUCCCUGCUCUCAGCAAGCCCAACACCAUGGGGAAGGGAGACACCUUGGAAGCACCAUCCACCUCGGUCUACCGCUCUGUCAUGGAGGAAUAUGGUUACGAAGUGGGCAAAGUCAUUGGCAGUGGCUCCUAUGGGACAGUGUAUGAGGCUUACUACACAAAGCAGAAAGUCAUGGUGGCUAUCAAGAUCAUCUCAAAGAAGAAGGCCUCUGAGGACUAUCUUAACAAGUUCUUGCCCCGUGAGAUACAGGUUGGAAAGGGGGCUAGAAGAGGGAGCUGGUACCAAGCUGUUUAAGGCUUCUCAAAAGGGGUGUGGUUAGGAGGGGGUGGAGCCAGAAACCCCUAUACCACAACUGAAUGACUUACUAGGCAGCUAGGAAAAUUACUUGAUGUAAAUUCAGCUUCUUUCCACCUCACCUCCAGACCCUCAAAAAGUAAAAAGUGCAAAGCAUAGGGUUUGUCCAUAGGCCACCAGCCCUCUGGGGUUUGAUUCUGUUGCAAAGUUCUAGGCAAGUAGCAGUGGGAGAGUAGGAGAAGGCUGGGAGCGCAGCCAGGGUGCUCCCUGCCUGGGUUUGAUGGGUCCCUCUUCUGGGGCCAGGUAAUGAAGGUCCUGCGGCACAAGUAUCUCAUCAACUUCUAUCAGGCCAUCGAGACCACAUCCCGGGUGUACAUCAUUCUGGAGCUGGUUCAGGGUGGUGACGUCCUUGAGUGGAUCCAGCACUAUGGGGCCUGCUCUGAGCCCCUUGCUGGCAAGUGGUUCUCCCAGAUGACCCUGGGCAUCGCCUACCUGCACAGCAAGGGCAUCGUGCACCGCCUUUCUGCUGCUGGUAGGGACUUAAAGUUGGAGAACCUGUUGCUGGACAAGCGGGAGAACGUGAAGAUAUCGGACUUUGGCUUCGCCAAGAUGGUGCCUUCUAGCCAGUCUGUGCGGAGUAGCCCUUCUUACCGCCAAGGGAACGGCUCUAGCCACCUCAGCCAGACCUACUGUGGCAGCUUUGCUUAUGCCUGCCCAGAGGUAUUGCUAGGCCUGCCCUACAACCCUUUCCUGUCUGACACCUGGAGCAUGGGCGUCAUCCUCUACACACUAGUGGUUGCCCGUCUGCCCUUCGAUGACACCAAUCUCAAGAAACUGCUGAGAGAGACUCAGAAGGAGGUCACUUUUCCACCUAACUAUGCCAUCUCCCAGGAUUGUAAGAACCUGGUCCUCCAGACACUAUGCCAAGCCACCAAGCGUGCCACCAUCCUGGACAUCAUCAGGGAUCCCUGGGUGCUCAAGUUCCAGCUUGAGCAACCCACCCAUGAGAUCAGGCUGCUUGAGGCCAUGUGCCAGCCCCCCAGCAACAAUCGUCACCAAUCCUUGGAAAUCAGUACCUGAAAACGGCGGAAGGAGGAGGGGGUUGAGAGGAGCAAAGCAGGAGGAUCUUGGGCUAAAAAUCUUUCACACCAAAAAUAAAUCUAAUUCCGUUUUAGUUUCAUCA